AUGAGUCGCAAGCGACCAUGUGAUUUGGAGGAAAUGUACGCUUCUGAGCCCUCCGAGUCCGAAAUGGAGGAGCAACAGUGUGCACAAGCAGCAGAAGCUUUCAAUCAAUUUAUUCGUUCGCAUCAAAUUGCUGCCAGUACUGAGGUUGCGCGUAACCGUGUUAAAGGGUCACUAUACAUAAUUGAGCAACGACGCCGACGGAUUCAGUUCCCAGUACUGCCGAAUGUUGCCGCACUUGAAGCGUUGCAGGGCUCCAGGGUGCAAACGUCGGAGCUUCCUUUGGAACCAGACCCGCAUUUACAACGCUUAGUUUCAUUUAAUGUGGUCAAUCCGAACCUAACAGCAUACAAAAAAGCAGUAAUGCUGCCUAAAGUGCCUCCAAUCCCAACGGCGACGAUGUGGACGGCGCUGACCAAAAAUUACGAGGUGGAGGAUGAGCCGACACUGAAAUUCCCGUCAUCUUCUGGCGAUGGUGAAGCCGAAGACUUUGUGGCUGAAUUUUAUCGGAAUAAGCAGCAAAGAACAAGUGCAUGCGAGAUGGAAUUUACCAAGGAGUUGUGUAAAGGAGUGCUUGAAACACUUCAGUCAACAUGGGAUCUCACUCCGAGCGACCUCAAGCGCGUGGCACAAGUAAUUUGUGUGGAAGAAGAAGUGUUGGUAGAAGUGCACAAGAAAAUGUGUCAAUCACAAUCCAGAACAAAGAAGAAGCGACGCUCAGGGGCGAUAACAAGUAUUAAUUUAAAAACUGUCCCCACAUCAACGGAAGGAAGGGCAGAGAAUGGAGUAUUGGAUUUGUCUAGCCAGUCAAGUCUCUCGAUGAAAGAGUGCUUCAAAUUAUACGAGCAACUUGUUGAUUCCUAUCGUAGUCUUUUCUGUCGACGCUGCUGUGUUUACGACUGUGAUUACCACGGAUGUACGGAGCAGCCAAAGCUGAAAAUAGCAGAGCAAAAUGCUGUUGCACGAAAUGCGAAAGAGAAAAAGACAAUGGUCAACAAAAGAUCAAAUUGUGGGAAUAGAUGCUUCUUCGGUCGAACGGAUUCAUCAAAUCAUAAAGUAUCCACUGAAGCAAGUGCUAUAUCAUCCACAGUUGGAUGGGGUCAGCCUUUGCGCAUUCUUUGUGCGCGCAUUUAUAACAUCUGUCUGGGCAAUUUUUGUAAAAUGGCAAAGCUGCUUGGCAACAAGAGUUGCAUGGAAGUAGCUGACAUGUGCGCAAAUUACGACUUUCAUGAUAGCACUUCGCCAAAAGAGAUUCGACCCAGGCUAAGAAAUCGACACUCGCGAAAAAGGAAAAUUUCUCGAAUGUCGAUGUUCCACUUACAAAACGCUAAGAAUGGAGUAGUAAACUCAGUCCAAAUCAAAAUUGAGCCGUGCUCCCACGUCGGAUAUUGUGAGCCUGGUGUUUGUUCUUGUGUUGAAAAAGGCAUCUUUUGUUCAAAGCACUGCCAUUGCAUCCACGACGAGUGCAAGAUUUUUUUUCUCGGAUGCCAGUGUCUUCGUGGUCGAUGUCGCACAAAAGCUUGCCCAUGCUAUUGUUCAGGACGCGAGUGUGAUAUCGAUUUGUGUAAGCUGUGUUGCGCUGAUGAAAUUGCUGCUCGAGAAAAGGGUGAAUCGUAUGACUGGAAAUUGGGAAGAAAAGAUUCGAAGCAUGUAUCAUGCCAAAACCGCAGCAUAGCAUUAUCUAAGGAAAAGCACGUUCGAUUGGGUCGUUCAAAGCUCAAUAACUCUGUGUGGGGACUUUUCGUAGAAGAUUUUGUUGCAAAAGAUGAAUUUAUUAUUGAGUACAUUGGCGAAAUGAUUUCACAAGAAGAAGCUGAUAGGCGAGGAACAAUCUACGACAAGGCCGACCGAAGUUACCUAUUCAAUCUGGAUACGAAGACCGUCAUUGAUUCAACUCGGAAGGGUAAUAAAACACGAGACAAUCCUGAAGUGGGGAUGGAGCAGUUGAACGGUUACGUGAAGAAGCUCGGUCCAUUGGUGAACCCCGUUUUCGGCGAGCAGCCGGGUUCCUUCAUCGACGAAGGCUACUUAAUCCCAUAUCUAAUGGUAGUGUAUGAAAAUAAAAAGGUGGCGGCCAAGAUUGAUGAGCCUUUUGCUGAGUGGUCAAAGUGGUCGAAAAAUGGAGGUAGAGUGACAACCUCACAAGGAGUGUAUAUUCUAGAGCCGCUUCCUGGACGUCUUAAAGUGAGGUUGCCCGUCGUGGCAUACACACCGCGAGAUGCUGACUGGACUCCAGAACAGGACGGUGUCCAGUUGGGAUGGCUAAUCGACCCACACCCAGACUUUAAGCGGAUGUAUGAGUACUGUCUCGACGAAAAUCGAAAUGUGCAAUGCUUUGACAACACUAAAUGGAGAAAUCUUGACGGUGGUGAUGUUCUUCCUGGAUCAUGA